UAUAUGUGACAGUGAUUUUUUUUUGUCAUUAACUUGAGUGAAUAUUAACAUUAUUAAAACUAAUUAGGAGAUUUUAGAUAUUUAUUACAUUAAAUGGCAUUUGGAGAUUUCUUGUGGAAAUGGAAUAUAGUGUUGCGGCAUUAAACCUGUGAUAAACAGCAAGUAAAUUAUAAUGGAAUUUAAAUAAUAUAAAAGGAGACUCAUUUAAAUAAAAUAAAUAUGUAUAAAUAAGAGAUCAAAUGUUUGUGAAAGUGAUUCACGAUAAUAAGGGACGCAAGAUGAACUUAGCAGUGAUAUUAGUGUCUAUGUUUUUAUGUAAAACUGAAGCUGGAAGAGUGCAAGCCGCUGUUAGCUUUCUAACAAACGCAUCAUAUCAAGAGAUAGAACUGAAGUCGGAGUCAAGUCUAUCACUCCGCGACAUUUUGCCGGUCAAAGCCAAGUACUACGAUAAAAAUAGGGCUCCCAAACUGUUGGGACAGCCCACCAUAGUCUACUUCCACGUUACUGUACUCUCACUGGACUCCAUCAACGAGGAAAGUAUGACAUACGUAGCAGACAUCUUUCUGGCACAAUCCUGGCGAGACCCCCGGCUCCGGUUACCAGAGAACAUGCAUGAAGAGUACCGAAUCCUGGACGUUGAAUGGUUGAACAGCAUCUGGAGACCGGACUGCUUCUUCAAAAAUGCAAAGAAGGUCACCUUUCAUGAAAUGAGCAUACCCAAUCAUUAUUUGUGGUUGUACCACGACAAAACGCUUCUUUAUAUGUCGAAGCUUACCCUGGUGCUGUCAUGUGCAAUGAAGUUUGAGUCGUACCCUCAUGAUACUCAGAGCUGUUCUAUGAUGAUUGAGAGCUUAUCACAUACGGUACAUGAUCUGGUGUUCAUAUGGAACCUAACUGAUCCAUUGGUGGUCAACCCGGACAUCGAACUGCCACAACUCGAUAUCUCAAACAACUACACAUCGGACUGUACCAUUGAAUAUUCUACAGGCAACUUCACCUGCCUAGCCGUUGUGUUUAAUCUACGCCGUCGUUUGGGCUACCACCUGUUCCACACCUACAUACCUUCCGCUCUGAUCGUCGUCAUGUCCUGGAUUUCAUUCUGGAUCAAACCCGAGGCUAUUCCUGCUAGAGUCACACUGGGAGUCACCUCAUUGUUGACUUUAGCGACGCAAAAUACGCAAUCCCAACAAAGUCUUCCGCCGGUUUCUUACGUAAAAGCUAUCGAUGUGUGGAUGUCAUCGUGCUCCGUUUUCGUGUUUCUCUCCUUGUUCGAAUUUGCUGUAGUCAACAAUUACAUGGGACCCGUAGCUACUAAAGCCAUGAAGGGUUACUCCGAUGAAGAUCUGUCCAGAGACUUGGAUGCUUUUAAGCAUAUAUUCCCAAACCCAGUGGACCCACGCGCCAGUACCUCAGCAUCGAUACCACAAUACGAGACUUUCUGUAAUGGCAGAGAGACAGCCGUCUACAUAGACAGAUUCUCACGAUUCUUUUUUCCCUUCUCAUUCUUUAUACUCAACGUUGUCUAUUGGUCUACGUUUUUGUAGAUUAUUAUUACUUUUUAAGUAUAUGUAAGUUGUAAGGCACGAUUUACAUUAUCCAAUCUGCAGUGCAUUGCUGUCAUCAUUGUAAGUACUGUCAGUGUGAGCACCAUUCUUUCUGCCUCGCUUUACAUUAUUGUAAAUUUAUGUGAGGUCUCUUAGUUAAUUAGCUCUCUUAAUUUGCAACGUCAGGUCUUUUCGUAAUGACUUCGUCAUAGUAAACGGUAAAAUGCUGAAAUUGUAUUAACUUCAUAUAGCAUAGAAAUAAUAAAGAAAAUAUUGUAGUAUAUUGUAUACAUUUAUCCGACUUCCAAAAGGUUGACUGAGUGAAAAUAAUUUUAUGUAAUAAGGCGUCUUUUUAAACGUAUUUUAUUUGUUUUUAUAUUACUGGAAUGGUAUAUAAGUUGAUGAUCUAGCUAUCUAGCUGGUAAUUGGUAACCGUCGCCUAUACAUAUACAUAAACAGUACCAUAUAUAUUAUUAUCAUAUGACAUUCCGAAGAACUAAGAUGUUAUGUCUCCAUAUGUUGUAAUUUCACUGCUGUAACUACAAUCUACAAUCAAAACUCAGCUUACAAAGCAAGCUGCAUAGCGGCUGCAAUAGGUGUGAACUAAGUACCCACUACUACCCUCGAAGACGACAUUACUUCAGUACAAAGUCUAUCCUAGUUAACAUUUAUAUUCAGGAAGAUUAGUUUAUUUAAGUAAAUCUUUUUGACUAAUUUUAAGAUAUUCUAAUGAAAUUAAAUUAAGUGAAUAUUAUUUAUUAUAAAUGAAUGGACGUGGUAAACUAUUCAAAAUUCUAACACAGUAAACUGGUAACAUAGCGCCUUAAUACCAUUAAUAAAUAUACUUAAUGCAUUCUAGAUUGGAUAAUGAAACCGUGACUCUAUAAGAAAAUUAUUGCUAGUUAAUAAAUAUAAAACAAAAAAUACAACAACAACAUAAUACAUAAUCGUAACAUUUACCGCAAUAAUAUUAUUCAUAUAUUGUCAUAGAUAUUUAUAAGCCGUUAAACAGGACCCUAGUAAUAGUGUCAAAACAACGGGAUAAGUAAUCUUUUUUGGUAAAUAUCGCGUUUAUGUAUAUUUAUAAUUAAAAACACCCGUGAAUUAAUAAUUAAAACAGAAUUGAUUAGCUGAUUUAGAACAUCGGAUUGUUUUGAUUCUGUUACGUAUGGUGCAAUGAUUAAAUGACAAGA